AACUACCAUUUCGACAACUUCCAGGGCCACUUUCGUAAUUUCACACUAAUGGCAAUGAUUGUAAUUCUUGACUUGCGGCAGGCCCGUUUCCGUAAUUCAUGCAACCACUUCAUAUUAUUCCCACUCCAUAUCAGAUAUCUCAUAAUCACUCUCUCACUCAUAGUUUUCUAGAGAGAGAAACAACUCACUGAUCUCAAAUCUUCCAAAAUCCUUCAAACAUUUUCAAAACAGAUCAAAAUACGGUGUUAAAUCCUUGUUUUCGUUUGAAAUUCUUCAAGUUAUACUCAAUUUGAAGCUAGUUUUUUAUCAAUUUAACUGUGAUUUUCGAAGAAAUGCAGGAUUUACGUUCGAUUAAUGGCGGUGGUGGCGGAGAUAGGCGGUUGCGACCGCAUCAUCACCAGCAAGUAACUGGUCCUCCGGCGUUGAAAUGUCCGCGAUGCGAGUCGUUGAACACGAAAUUCUGUUACUACAACAACUAUAACCUCUCUCAGCCACGUCACUUCUGCAAAAGCUGCCGGAGAUACUGGACCAUAGGCGGAGUCCUCCGUAAUGUCCCCGUCGGCGGCGGUUGCCGGAAGAAAAAACGACCAAAAUCUAAAUCCGGUAACCGAAACGCUAGCUGUCACGCUACUAUACGGAAGCCGUCAAAUUCGGACGAUUCGAGUAGCGGCAGCUCUAGCCUUACCGCCACCACCACCGCGGCGAAUACGACGGCGAAAACAACCGUAACCGUUCCUGUAACCGCUGUGGAGGCGUUGUCAGGUGUUAAUUCGUUAAAUUCUGCAAUGACAUCGUUUCGGUUUUGUCAAAACCCUAGCUUCGAUAUACCGCUACUAAAUCAUCAAUCAUCAACCGGAAACAUCAUUUCGCCGGAGAUUGAUACUUUAACCGGAAUGAUGACGUCAUCGGCGGCUGAUUUACCCCCAGAGUUUAACAUAUCUGGCGGUAUUUCGCCGUUCCGGUUGCAUCACACCAGCAGGAUUGUGGAGAAUAUUCACUUGGAGCAACCAGAGUGGAUGGUUGCAGAUAUUACGGGUGCAGUUGAGUUUUCCGGUGUGCCGGAGAAGAUGAGUGACGGUGGAGUUGGUACAGAGGAGUGGAAUAAUUGUACGGAACAAGCGUUGUUUGAUUUAACCGGAACCGUUGAUCAGACAUAUUGGAAUCAAACUCAGUGGGAUGAUGAUAACGAUCGUCCACGUCAGCAUCAUGACCAUGAGCUUAAUUGGUAACUUCUCCAAUUUAGUACCAAUAUUACAAAUGCAUUUUACCGACCUAAAAAGAUUACAGAGAUAGAAAAUAGAGAUAUAGUGAUUUGGAUCUCUUAUUAUGUAAAUCUAUAUUUUUCCCUAUGGUUUAUGAUCUUGAGAUAUGUUUUGAUUUGAUCAAGAUAAAUAUAUAUAUUAGUGUUAUAUGUU